CUCCCCUCUGUCAGCUGUGCUGCUGCGGCAUGGCUUUCUGCUAGAAGCUGUCAUACAUGUUGUGUCUCUUGUGCUGUCAUUUCAGCUCCCCCACUGCUAGAUGUGAGGGAUGGGAGAGUGAGGUGGUUGCAUCGCUGUGCAGCCUAAGGAGGGAUAGUGCACACAGCGGCAGGUGUGCUGCAAAGGGUUAAUCAAGAAGGAGGUCAAAUCCAAAACAUAUUGGAAACCUGAAGAUGGCGGAAGGGCCAGUGAAAUCACCUCAACAGAGCAUUAAGGUGUCCACAGGGGCCACAGCAAUGGAUGUUUUUUUCAAGACUGAUGAAAGACAAAGACUGGCAAAGGAAAGGAGGGAAGAAAGAGAAAAAAUACUUGCUGACAGAGACCAACAAAUACUAGAAAAAGAGAGACGGGCAAAGCUGCAAUAUGAAAAACAGAUUGAAGAACGAUGGAAGAAGCUGGAGGAGCAGAGAAUGAGAGAAGAGCAGAGAAGAGCUGCUGUAGAAGAGAAAAGGAAGACGAGGCUCCGCGAGGAGGAAGAACGUUUAGAAGCUAUGAUGCGCCGCUCCCAAGAACGCAGCCAGCAGCUGGAACAGAAACAGAAGAGAUGGUCUUGGGGUGGGGCCCUUGUAGCAGGAUCAGGCAGAGAUGCCUGUGACAAACUCUCAUCCUCUACAAUGAGUCUGCAAAAGCCAAUGGAAAACCCAAUCAGUAAGAGGCUCUCUGCUUCUACAGCGGCAAUUACGCAUUCCCCCGACAGAGCCCAUCGCAUGUAUCUUAGUCCCACGGAAAGUUUCAUUGUUAGCCGACUGUUGACUCCAACACAUUCCUCUUUAGCCAGGAGCCGAAGUACAUCUGUGCUCAAUGAGCAUAACCUUUCCUUGUCAGUCUUCCAUGUCUGUUCUCGUACAGUAGCUACUAGUCCUAUAAAAUCGCCAUGCAAGCCUUCUCCUGCAAGAAGCACAGAAAGGAAGAGAGGUGUGACACCAGCUAAUGUAUUCAAUGGAGCUAAGAUUGCCACUUCCCCUGACUCUGUACCGAACGAAAAGCUGAAGAAAGAAAAACGAGCAUCAACUCCUGUUCAAACAAGUUCUACAAGUUCUUCUCUUCGUAAAUCUGAGAAUCCUGCGAGUAUAGCAAAGAGGUCUUCUUCUCCAGCAACACCUAGGUCCCUUUCAAAGUCAUAUGCACUAUCUCCAGUGAAAAACAGCAAGCAAUUCCCAGAAUCUCCUGUAAAAUCUCGAGCAACUCCAAUUCUCAACCAAGAGGCUCCAAAAAAGAAAUCUGAGAAAGAGGAAACCACAACCAGUCCAAAACAAGAAUUGCCUAAUGCGGAGCAAAGAACAGGCUCUUUAAAAUUCGAAAAGGCAGAAAAGAUCUCUCCACCUGUAAGCAAAACAGAUACUGCAGAAGGUAAGAAUACAGCCGGCACAACUGAUGCUGAAGAAGCUGGAAAAAUCUUGCAAGAAAAGAGAAGGCAAGCUCGCUUGCAGAAGGAGAGAGAGGAGGAGGAGAGAAGGGCGCAAGAGGAAGCUGAACGGGAAGAGGAGAAAAGAAAGGCAGAAGAAGAGUGGAUUCGACUUGAGGAAGAAGCUCGUCAGUGGGAAGAGAACCUAAAACUAGAGGAGAUUGAGACAAAGAAGAGGGCAGAAGAAGCCAAGUUGAAAGCAGAAGAGGAGAGAAUACAGAAAGAGAAGCAGGAAAAAGAAAUGCAGGAAUAUCUAGAGAAGCAGAAGGAAGAGGCUGACGCUAAGGCGCGUGAAGCGGCAGAAGCCUUGAGAAUCGAGAGAGAACAAAUUAUGCAACAAAUUGAGCAGGAACGACUUGAGAGGAAGAAGAGAAUUGAUGAGAUUAUGAAAAGGACACGGAAAAGUGAGGUUGUAGAUGUCAAGAAGGAAGAAUUGAAGGCAGACAUCCAACCAUCUAUAAACAUAGAAACUAACGCAAAAACUGAACAAACAGUGCAAGCUAAUGGGCUAUCCACACAUCAAGAACCUAAAGCUCCAGCUCUUGAAGUCAUUGAAAGAAAACCUCAGGAAGUGAUUUCCAAUGGUCUUAAACCGCCUGGUAGCAUUAUUCACCUCGAAGCAUUUGAUGGGAAAUGCAACAGUCUGGACGAUUCUACUGAUGAAGUUCAAUCAAUGGAUGUGAGUCCAGCAUCUAAAGAAGAACUCAUAUCUAUACCUGAAUUUUCACCAUUGAAUGAUCUCAUUCCCAACGUACCGGUUCCAUUGGCCCAAAAUGGGUCAAAUAACUCCAGAGCACUGGAGGAUCUUUUGGACUUCACAGGACAAGCAACAUACUCAAAGAUAUCACGUGAAAGCAUCAAUAUUGAUGACUGUAAUAGAAAUUUGAUUGAUGGCUUCAGCAGUCCAGGACAAGAGUCUAAACUUAACUCAAUCUGUUAACUUGAUGAACAUCCAUUACAAUGGAGAUUGGGUACAGAUACACGGCAAAGGACGUGCUUAGAUCUAAUGGCGCUGGUGGCAGUGAAACAAUGAGCCAGAAGAAGCUUCUUCCUGCAGCCCUAGCACGCCGGGUUUUAAUACCAGAGCUGAAUAUAACAUGCAAGUCGUUCAGUAGAAUAUAUAAGAUGGUCUGCAUCUGCAAACACCCAGCACCGGCUGAAUAUGAUUUUUGCUCAGUAACUUCUAUGGGGCUAUUAAAAUACUGUAAUCAGCUAAUAAUGUGACGUUUAGUUCCCUUUAAAUCAAAUGUGGUUUCUGCUUCAUAGGCCUGACAUAUCUGGCAACCCAAUGAAUGUAUUGAUUAUAUUGAAUGUAUUUACCAAUGUCAUUAAACUUGACACAGAUCUACAUGGAAUUAUGUUAAACUAUCACAAACUAAUAUAUAUAUAUAUAUAUAUAUAUAUACACACACACACACACACACACAUAUACAGUGCUUUUUUGUAAAAUAAAAAAGUGUCGGCACUCAUUGAUUAGUCAUUGAUAUAUUCUGCUCAGUAACUUUGAGAAAAGUAAAGUGACAGAGUUAUAUACAAUGCUUCAUAUAUUUUGCAGCCCCCUCUUGUGAGUAUUUACAUGAUGAUUACAAAUAUUAACUGUUAUGAGAUGGAAGAGAUGAUGGUACUCUAGCGGUGAGUACCCCCGCAAAGAAAGCUUCUCUCUCUAUCUAUAUAUAUAUAUAUAUAUAUAUAUAUAUAUAUAUAUAUAUAUAUAUAUAUAUAUAUAUAUAUAUAUAUAUAUAUAUAUAUAAUCACAUACACACACCAUGGCUUUUCAUGUACAUUUUCUUCAGAGAUGACUAAGACGGGGAUUAUGAAAUACAGUACAUGGUUUAUAGAAUGUACGUUCAUUUUACAGGGGUUUUUUCCUCUCCCACUAAACAAAACAAAAAAGCAGUCAGGAUUCUGCAGAGUUUUACACUGUCUUUCAAUGCAUUAUAGGCCACAGUAAAACUGUACUAGGAAAUACACUAAAAUAAGCUGGUUCCCUAGCAAAUAGGAUGCUGAGGAGGGAUUGUAUUGGCAAUGAGAAUACAUAGGGAAAUCAGUGACUGCAAUAUAUUUAGUGCCUGCAAUAUUGUAAGUGAGCCAAAGAGAGGGAACUACAGGGUAAUUGCAAAUUAAGUACAUGAUCAGGAUGCAAAACUGCAAAUGGGACUUGCUAAUUUAGUGUAAUAGGGUAUAGUGCAGAAACUGGAAUCCCCACAAAAUUCUAUUACAAAAUUCAGAGCCCUUGAAAUAUACGUUCAUAAUCUAGCACAGGCCUUGAGUCAUUCUUCAUUUAUAAUUAUUGUUCCGUUAUUUUAACCCCUUGGCAGUCAAAGAAUUCAACAAUAAAUUGUUGUGGCAGUGCUCUCUGGCUAACAAGGGGUUAAUUCAGUAGCAAAAAGAUCAUUGUUUUCUAUUUUAAAUUGUCUUGUGAAAGAGUUAAUGUAAUGAGAAUCUGGCCACGGGUAAUCAAAAAAUAGCAGUUAAAUGUAAUCUGGUUUAUUGUGAUAUAGGAAAUUACAGACCAAUAGCUCAUUUUAAUUAUGUACAUCCUGAUUAAACCUAUCACUAAUUAUUCCACUGCCAGCAAUGUGAUGCAAUCUGCCACUGAUAUGGUUAGACAAUCUGACCUGUUUAAUAUGUUGUAAGUAUUGUUGUGUAAUAAGAGAGUUUAACAUGAGAAUAUGCUGUAUAAACCUCUAUUAGACUAUGAAGUCACUGCCCUGUAAAAUGCUAUAUGGUGUAAGUCUUUUAUUUAGGAAAAAACUAUUCUGUAAAGAAAAUAAGUGCCAUAUGUUGUAAAUGUCAUGCAUUUCUUUAUUUCUGUAAGUGAAGUAUAAUGUUGUUUAUAAGCUGUGUAUAUACUAUUAUAAUUUUCAUCAUCCAUGUAAUAUGAGCGCUACACUGUACAAAACAAACCUUACAUUUGAUGCAGUAGAUAUGAAUUAUUAUUAUGUGCAGCUAGGCCAUAAAACACAACAAAUUCAAUUAUAUGUUCUUUGUCAUUGUGGUUUUAUUUCCAAGGUAUGAACAAGCAACAAGACCUCUGGAAAUAUCACACAGAUUCCUUCUCCCUACAUAAUUAUUAGGGUCACCAUUAACAUAUUUUUUAGUAUACUCUACUACAGGGGUGAUCAACUUUGGCACUCCAGAGGUUUUGAAACUACAUUUCCCAUGAUGCUAAGCCACUUUAAGCUGGCUGAGCAUUAAUGAAAAUGUAGUUCCAAAACCUUGAAAACUUGAUCAUCCUUGCUGUAGUAGAUCUUUUUAAGGUUCAAGAAACUGAUUUUGAUGGGCAUGCAAAAAACUGUAACAUGUAAUUAACUAGGAAGAGUCGAUUAAAUCAAGUUUUGAUUUAUUUUUUAUCUUGGAAAUUGGUGAAUAUUUUAAAGGAGAAAAUGCUUCUUUAAACACAUGUAAAUUAAGAUUUUAAGUAUAAACUAUGAGUGCACUGACAUUGCCCAACAAAAUGCAGUACAGACUACAGUUCAGACUUGACCAAACACACAAAUGCCCCCACAGAAGACAGAAGCCCAUGCAUAACGUAUCCUUUGCUGUGAUUGGCUGGCUACAUGUCUUAGACUGGUUAAUCUGGUCCUUACUAAUAACUUAGAUGAACAAGUUUGCAUAAAAUAAAUGAUCAAACUGCUUGAUCCAAUAAUACUGCCUUCAGUUUAUGAAAGAUGUUACAGCCAUAUAUGUGCCUAUUUAGAAUAUUUUUUGCACGUUCUAUGUCAGAUCUUAGUUGAUUCUGUGUGCAGACAUUGUCAAUAUAGUACAGGGCCCUUAAAGCGGCAUUAAACACUAAAUAGAUUUCAUGCACCUUCCUAUAAUUAUGGUUGCCGCCAUCUUGGAACUUAGGUUACUCUGCAGGUAUCCGAAAAAGAUUUACUACACAUCAGCACUGGAAUGCAUUACUAGAAGGUCAUUUUCAACAUGGCGGCAUCCAUCAACAGCAGGAGGCAGGAAGUAAUCUCAAUACUAUGCAUAUAAAAUAUAUUUAGUGUGUAAUGUCCCUUUAAAAGAAAUCCAUAUUAAAGAAGCCGCUAGCUUUGUUUACUAUAAGGGAGUAAAAAACAGCGGCAUGAUGAGUUCUCUGUGAUUACAACAAAGGAUUCCACUUCCAUUAUUUCAUAAAGGAAGCUAAAAUACAAGAAAAAAUGUUUCUAAAAUUGAAAAGAAAUAUAAAAAUGUUUGUAAUACCAUUUUCUAUGAUUUCAGCUAGAUAAUGGCCUUAGUAUUCUGUGUUGGUAAAUAUCAAUAUAUUAAUAUACAACUAAAUAACACAGCGACUAUAAAGUUAUAAAUAUAAUUUUCUGUAGACCAGAAGAUAGAGAUUUUUUUUUUUUAAAUUAUUUUUUAAGGUUGAUAACUGGAAAUCAGAGAUAAGAAAAUAGCUUAUUUAUAUCAAAUAAAUUAUAUCUAGUACAACGGCUUUAAUUGAUGGCUCGAUCUAGUGUAAGCUUUGAAACCAGCAUACGACUAAAAGUAUUUUGUGUGUAAUGUUGGCGGUAACAAAUGUGGUGACUACGCAACUAGCUUUAGCAUGUUUCUAUGACUUCUAAAUAGUCAUGUCACUGAAAAUAAAACUGCAAAACUUGAUGUUUAUUUUACUGUGAUAUAUUGUACUUUAAACAGACAGCCUUUAAAGAUGUGACCUUUAUAUUAUACAGUACAGAUUCUUACUUGUCAUGACAUGUAUAGCAUGUGUAGAUCAACGUGAAAUACAUUUGUUUUGAAUCAAAA